AUGGUACAUGUCAGGGGUGGAGCUAUCCAGUUCCUGGGAACAAAGUGCCGCCAUGAUGAGUGGUUGAGGGAUACUGAAAAUUAUGGAGUGAAAGGUUUCUUUGCAAUGUCAAAGUUGGGGCAUGGCAGUAAUAUCUGUGAAAGUGUGGCAGAUGUUUCUCUUGAUGGCAAGUAUCUGACUGCAAUUAAGGAUCCUGAUAGGCCGCUUGUUGUUAUUGGCAGCAUCAUAAUGGCGAUUUUCUCGAGUUUCUUCAUCGGGGUGUAUGGAGCUGUUGUCGUGUACCAGGAAAGGUCUUUCAGGAGGGGUGUUGCCUAUGUAAUUGCAAUGGUGGCAGAAUUUGACGAGUACACUAAUGAUUGGCUGUAUCUCAGAGAGGGAUCUGUUCUCCCAAAGCCUAAGUACAGAAAAAAGAUGGUUUCUGAGCAGACAAAGUUCUCUACUAUGAGAAGAAAUCGUUCGAUUCAAGGUAAACUAAACGCGGUUUUCAGUGAAGCACCUGCAAUGCUUGUUCCGAGUUUGACAGCUUCAAGAUCAAUUAGGGAAGCCAUUCAAGAAGUGAAAAUGGUUCAAGUAUUCAUUCAUCCACCUGUAGUAGCUUUUAAGAUUGCAUAUGGUUUGCCCACACGGGCAACUCCAUUUGAUUCCAUGAGCUUUGCUGCUAACUUCUUGAAAAGGAUGUAUGUGAAGAGGAAACCUGAAAUGAUCAAAACCUUACAUGUUGUUUCAAGUGCCUUUAAGGCUACCUUAAACUGUUUAUGA